ACAUACAAAUAUACAAUACAACUUCACAAGACAAGACUCUAGUACUAACAUUUCUCUGUAUAGCUUUACACACAGAGAGAGAGUGUGUGUGUGUUGAACUACUACAGAAAAAACCAAGAAUUACAGAUCAAGUUUACAUCUUUCUUACUCCACAUUUUCAGACAAAACCCAUUAUUCAAACUAGAUUGUGGAUGGUGGUGAUUUGUGUAGAAUGUGAUGAGAAAUGAGAGGUGAAGUUUGGGGUUUUGAGAAAUGGGGUGUGUGUUUGGGAGAGAUGUAUCGUCUUCGAGGCCGACUAGUUCUGGGGUUGUAGCUGAAAGGGGAAGGGAUGGUGGGGGAGAGGGUGAUUUGUCGAUUGCGUCUGGGAGGAGAGAGAAAGUUGUUGUGGAGAAGGGUGAGAAAAGGGAAGGUUUAGGUAAGAUUCAGAAUGGUGGAGAUCAGAAGGAGCAGAAAGAAGGGAGUCGCGGUGAGAGGAGACGGAAACCGAAUCCAAGGUUAAGUAAUCCUUUGAAGAAUGUGCAUGGUGAGCAAGUGGCUGCGGGGUGGCCGUCGUGGCUUUCAGCAGUUGCAGGCGAGGCAAUUAAUGGUUGGACGCCUCGUAGAGCAGAUACUUUUGAAAAAAUUGAUAAGAUUGGGCAAGGAACAUAUAGUAAUGUGUACAAAGCUAGGGAUACAGUAACAGGAAAAAUUGUUGCACUGAAGAAGGUUCGAUUUGAUAAUUUGGAGCCUGAGAGUGUAAAAUUUAUGGCUAGAGAGAUUUUGAUUUUGCGCCGUCUAGAUCAUCCAAAUGUCAUAAAACUGGAAGGCCUGGUAACAUCAAGAAUGUCAUGUAGUCUGUACCUUGUGUUUGAAUAUAUGGAGCAUGAUUUGGCUGGACUAGCUGCUAGCCCUACAAUCAAGUUUACAGAGCCACAGGUCAAGUGUUACAUGCAUCAACUAUUGUCAGGUCUUGAGCACUGUCACAAUCGUCAUGUGUUGCAUCGAGAUAUUAAGGGUUCAAAUCUUCUUCUUGACAAUUCUGGGACACUUAAGAUUGCUGAUUUUGGUUUGGCUUCCUUCUUUGACCCUAAGCACAAGCAACCAAUGACUAGUCGGGUUGUUACUUUAUGGUAUCGACCCCCUGAGCUUCUUCUCGGGGCCACUGAUUAUGGUGUAGGUGUGGACCUAUGGAGUGCCGGUUGCAUUUUGGCUGAAUUGUUGGCUGGGAAACCUAUAAUGCCUGGCCGGACAGAGGUGGAGCAGCUACACAAGAUUUUCAAGUUAUGUGGUUCCCCUUCUGAAGAAUAUUGGAAAAAAUCGAAAUUACCUCAUGCAACCAUAUUUAGGCCCCAGCAGUCAUACAAACGAUGCAUAGCUGAUACAUUCAAAGAUUUUCCAGCUUCAUCAUUACCAUUGAUUGAGACUUUGCUUGCAAUUGACCCAGCUGAGCGCCUAACUGCAACAUCUGCUUUGAGGAGUGAGUUUUUUGCCACCCAGCCUUAUGCUUGUGAACCUUCAAGCCUUCCGAAAUAUCCUCCCAGCAAAGAAAUGGACGCAAAAUUGAGGGAUGAAGAAGCUAGAAGACUAAGAGCUACUGGGAAGUCCAAUGCUGAUGGUGUAAAGAAAACUCGUACCCGUGAUAGAGCACCAAGAGCAAUCCCUGCUCCAGAAGCUAAUGCCGAGCUGCAAGCAAAUCUUGAUAGGCGACGCCUGAUCACACAUGCAAACGCAAAGAGCAAGAGUGAGAAAUUUCCUCCACCUCACCAGGAUGCAACACUUGGUUAUCCACUGGGUUCUUCACACAACAUAGAUCCAGCGUUUGAUCCUCCUGAUGUUCCAUUUAGUUCCAUGAAUUUCUCAUAUGCAAAAGCACCCAUGCAAACUUGGUCCGGCCCAUUGCAGGAUCCUGCUGCUGUUGGAGCCCCAAAGAAAUCUAAACCAUCAAAGAAGGAUUCUCAGAGAACUAGACAUUCUUCUCGGACCAGACAAUAGAGAGAUAUCACUCUGUGCGUAUCACAGAAAGUCUGAUUUGACUUCUAAAAGUCAGGUGACAGUAAAAUUCUUCCCGGGCCAGACAAUAGAGAUAGAUGUACUCUGUCCGUUCCACAAAAGUCUCAUUUGACUUCUAAAAGUCGAUUGACGGCAAUACAAACUUUAGAAAAUGAUUUGAUUAGUUGGACUUACAUGGAAAACUCAGCGACUAUAAUACUUGAUCAAAAUAAAUGGAACUCAUGCCACUUUUGAAAGUAGAAAUACUGUCAUUUACAUUUUAAAGUUAGAAUGAGACUAUUUUCUGGAACGGAUGGUGUAAAAUAUGAAGUACAUUUGUAUCAACUUUUCACAUACCUCUACUGGAGUUUGGGACGCAAUGCUGUAGAAAUCAAAGAAAUGCUGGCAGAGGUAAUUUAUUGAGUUAUUUUUGUGUAGUUCGUUAUUUUUUUCUUCUCAUACAGUAUUUAUUUUUUGAAUCAUGAGAAGUUUGUCGACAGUUGUAUAUGAUAAUCCCUUUUCUCCCUUGUGUGUCCUCA